CCCCAAAUGACUGCACCUGCUGGACCAGCAGCUGUCAAGCCAACAGGUGGCUUAUGUUUGCUCGGUGCGUACGCAGACAGUGAUGAUGAGGAGGGAGAGGCACCUGAGAAAUCAGUGCCGUCCACAGAUGCAAACGGCAACAAUUCAACGGACAUUGACAGCACGCUGGCAAACUUUCUGGCGGAGAUUGAUGCCAUUACGGCUCCGGCCCAGCCUGCUGGAUCCACGGGUGCCUCCGCCGCGCCCCCGCCGACUCCGCCGCGCCCAGAGCCCAAGGAGUCUGCCUCGAGCCAUCCCUCGGCUACGGCGAACGGGACGGGCUCUGCCCAGUCGGCGGAGUGGCAGUAUGACACCCAGUGCUCGUUGGCAGGAGUGGGCGUGGAGAUGGGAGACUGGCAGGAGGUCUGGGAUGAGAACACUGGCUGCUACUAUUACUGGAACACGCGGACCAACGAGGUGACCUGGGAGCUGCCGCAGUACCUCGCCACCCAGGUCCAGGGGCUGCAGCGCUAUCAGCCCAGCUCUGUGGCAGGUGUCGACGGGAGUUUCCUGGUGGCUGCAGACCUGUACCCUCAGGAGAAAGGGGUUGCUGUUGCCAGCAUUAGCCGUGGGACUGUCCUACCCAAGCGAGAGGUGAAGAAGGAGGUGAAUGAAGGCGUACAGGCUCUCUCGAGCAGCGAAGAGGAGAAGAAGGGGGUGGCGGCGUCCCUGCUGGCUCCGCUGGUCCCCGAGGUGGUGAAGGAGGAAGAGGAGCGCUGGAGGAGGAAGGUGAUCUGUAAGGAGGAGGUGGAGCCGGUGCCAGCGGAGGAGGUGGCCGCGGGAGAAGCGUCGGUGGCUGCUGACGAGCAGGACCCUUGCAGGGAUGCUCUGGAAGACCCUUCCCAGGAGGGUCUGUGCAGCGUGGUGCAGUCAGGGGAGAGCAGCGAGGAGGAGGAGGAGCAGGACACGCUGGAGUUGGAGAUGGUGUUGGAGAGGAAGAAGGCGGAGCUGCGAGCCUUGGAGGAGGGAGAUGGCAGCGUUUCGGGUUCCAGCCCGCUCUCCGACGGGAGCCAGUCAGCAUCUCUUGACACAGCGCCCAAGCCGGCGUCCAUGCAAGGGAAGUGGAAGCUUUUUGUCGGGGUUGCCAGCCCAGAGUCCACCAGCCGCGGCUCUAGCAAGACUGGCCGAGAGACUCCAGAAAUCAAGGAAGCAGCCAUUGGCUGGUCGAGUGCAGAAGCAGCCGAGGAGACAUCAGACAAAGAGCUGGAGCCAGAGGAGGUCCAGGACAAAGUGAAAGCGCAGGGAGCGCCCAAAGCAGAAGAGGAGGAGCAGGACCUGAAGUUUCAGAUCGGAGAGCUGGCAAAUACCCUGACUAGUAAGCUGGAGUUCCUGGGCAUCAACAGACAAUCCAUGUCCAACUUCCACAUGCUGCUGUUGCAGACCGAGACCCGGAUUGCAGACUGGCGCGAAGGAGCUCUCAAUGGAAACUACCUCAAACGCAAACUGCAAGAUGCAGCCGAACAGCUAAAACAGUAUGAAAUAAACGCCACCCCUAAAGGCUGGUCCUGCCACUGGGACAGGGACCAUAGGCGCUAUUUCUAUGUUAACGAGCAGACAGGAGAGUCCCAGUGGGAGUUCCCGGAUGGUGAGGAGGAAGAGGACGGGCAGGCCCCGGACAGUAAAGCUGAGGCUGUUCCCAAACCAGCUCCGAAGGAGAAAGCUGAGUCCGGUGGUGACUCCACGGUGGAGAACUCCACAGGUCCUCUCAGCAAAGAGCCCUUCUCCAGCCAAGUUCCUGCCACGUCCCUCGUGCCACUCACUCCGUUUUGGACUCUGCUUCAGUCUUCUGUCCCCGUGCUCCAGCCCCCACUGCCCUUGGAGGUGCCCCCACCUCCCCCACCUCCGCCAGAGUCACCCCCACCACCACCGCCGCCACCACCGCCUCCUGGGGAGGACGGAGAGAUCCAGGAGGUGGAGAUGGAGGAUGAGGAAAGCGAGGAACCACCAGCCCCAGGAACAGAGGAAGAUGCUCCUCUGAAACCGCUUCUCCGCCCAGCUGUCACCAGCAGCCAGAGUAACUCCGAAGGCAGCGCCUCCGCCGCCCUCACCGCUAAGCCGCAGAAGAGGAAAGCCGGUGAGAUGAGCACGGGGCUGGUGCAGCGAGCAGCGACCAUCGGCAGCUGUCCCGUUCUCUACAGCCAGCCCGUCAUGGCAGCCAGCCAGGGCGGCGUCUGCAGCGGGGGCUGCCAGGGACGUACCAACCUCCAUCUCUCUGCUGUGUCCACAGGCCCUCAGCCCAUGGGGCUGAGUCUCCAACCGAGUUACCUGGGCGUGACCGCGCCAGCCAUCAUGAGCUAUUCGGAGUGUGCUGUGCCCACAGGGCUCGCGGCCACCAUGGCGCAGCCAGCCCCUGCACGAGGAGCCCUGCCUGUCAAGGGGGCCACGGAGCAGCCGCCUCCCCCUCCUCCGCCGCAGCCGCCACCUCCGCCUCCCCCAACCACCAAAGCACCGCCUCCCGAGAAACCUCGCAAGGGGAGGAGGGACAAGGGCAAGAAGGGGAAAGCGAAGAUGCCGUCGCUAGUGAAGAAGUGGCAGAGUAUCCAGCGGGAGCUGGACGAGGAAGAGAACUCCAGCUCCAGCGAGGAGGACCGGGAGCUCACCUCUCAGAAACGUAUUGAGGAGUGGAAGCAGCAGCAGCUAGUGAGUGGCAUGGCGGAGAGGAACGCCAAUUUCGAGGCUCUGCCGGAGGACUGGCGAGCGCGGCUCAAGCGGAGGAAAACCACUUCGAGCACAUGAGGCAUCGGCACUGUUUUUUUUUUUUUACCAUGUGUACAGUUUAAAGCCUCUUACCGAUACAACUGUUGUCAAUAAAUUGUAACCGUUUGGGGCAUCCCGUUUCAGUUGAAUGGGCUGAUGCAGCGAUCCCCUAGACUGGGACCUCUCCAGGGUGGGAGCCGGGAUGUGAAAGGCCUGUUAGGUAAUGGGCGGCCUUGACCGGCCUUGUGCUCGCCGUUCGGCUCCUCCUGGCACCGUGGGGGCGCUGGGCAUGAAUAGUCCGUUUUGGGGUUGGGCUCUGGCAGCGACUGCACCAGGUGAACCCGCCCCCCCGCACCACGCUUGGCCUGGCUGGUAGAGCCGAGUCGAGCUCAGAACCCUCGCCCUUCCCCUUGCGGUUUAAGGAGAAGGCGGCUCUUCCUUGGCUUUCAGACCUCGCUCUCUCAGACGCCUCCUGGCGUUGCCAUUCCCAGCAUCUCUGGCCCGAAGGUGCUGCAGCUCUGUCCCGCGCCGAGUAGGAACCCAUGUGCGCACUUCCUCCAUCAGACCAGCCAGUGGCCCAGACGAGCCCUUCACUCGAUUCCAGGGCUGUCUGUGCAGGCCCUAGUGCAGUGACUAGACAAGUCCACCUUGCCUGGGCCAUAAAACCUUUGGUUGGCCCUUGGACACGUUUACCAGCCAGCUGGGAGGUGGUGGGAGGCCAUGUGUCAGGAGCUGUUUGCUCUCUAGUUCUACCCCAUUCUAGGCCCCACCUCCUUUCACUCCCCAUCAGUCCCCCAAUUUCAGCAAAAGUAGCUUUUGUCCCUGUUAAGCCCCCCCGCCCCCCUCCUUUGGCUCAGAAUCAGGUAAAAGUCACUUUCUUCCCACGAAAGGGAAGGCAGCUCGGGUUUCCAGCCGUUUGUAUUUCUCCAGUUUUUGGCUUUGUAAAUUUGUACAUAGACCUGAAUAAAAUCCCUUUU